CAUACUUAUCGGGAGUAAUCCAACGCGUUGAUAAGACGCAGUUAGUCAGUGCACUCUCGGAGAUCGCCGCGAGUGGAGAAGCGUGCUUGAUUAACUGUGCUGCAGCAGUACGCAUAAAACCAUGUCCGAGCUAAACACUAUGCUGUACGGCAUAUUGACGUUUCUCGUCUUUGCCCCAUUUCUGAAAUGGCUCGUAAAACGGUUCCAGCUGGCACAAGUGAUCGACAAAAUUCCUGGACCGAGGGCCUAUCCGCUGAUCGGAACAACGUACUUGUUCUUUGGCAGGAAACGACAUGAAAUUUUCUACGUCAUUGAUGAACGUACGCGUCGCUACCCAAACAUCCACCGUAUCUGGACCGGAUUGCAACCGGAGGUGCGAGUUACCAAGGCGGAAUAUGUGGAAACGAUCAUCGGCUCGAGCAAGCACAUCGAGAAGUCCAACGGUUACAAUUUCCUUAUGCCCUGGCUUGGCGAAGGAUUGUUAACGUCAAAAGGUGAACGGUGGUUCAAGCAUCGUAAGCUCAUAACACCCACCUUUCAUUUCCACAUUCUGGACAAUUUCUGCGAUGUGUUUGCGGAGCACGGAUCCAUCCUGGCCGAGUGCCUGGCACCGUACGCCGAUACGGGAAAACCGUUCGAUGUGUUUCCAUUCAUCACCAAGGCGGCACUGGACAUCAUAUGCGAAACCGCCAUGGGAGUGAAGGUCAACGCGCAGACUGAAGGCGAAAACGAGUACAUUCAGGCUAUCUACGGCGUAAGCGAACUAUUUCUUGUAAGGCUAAUUCGACCAUGGCUAUAUCCUAAUUUUAUCUUCGAACGGUCAUCGUACGGACGGCAAAAUAAAAAAGUUUUAGAUACUAUCCAUGGAUAUACCAAAAAGGUCAUACGAGAGCGCAAGGAAGCGAUGCAACGGGAGAGGAGUGCAACCGGAAACGGAACCGCACCGACGGAAAACAUCGACGACAGCUACGGUGCGAAGAAACGGUUGGCCUUUCUGGAUCUGCUGCUGCAGGGAAACGAAAAAAAUAAUCAACUCACGGAUGACGAUGUUCGCGAGGAGGUCGACACCUUCAUGUUUGAGGGCCACGACACCACAACCGCCGGCAUGAGCUGGGCUCUGUUUCUUCUCGGCUUGCAUCCGGACGUGCAGGAUAAAGUGCACCAGGAAAUUGAUUCGAUUUUCUCGGGCUCGGACCGACCAGCCACUAUGAAUGACCUGGCCGAGAUGAAACUGCUGGAGCGCUGCUUGAAGGAAACUCUUCGGCUCUAUCCGUCCGUGUCGUUUUUCGGGCGCACGCUGAGCGAGGACGUUACGCUAGGUGGUUACCACAUCCCGGCCCGGACCCUGGUCGGAAUCCAAGCAUAUCACGUACAUCGUGAUGAAAGGUUCUUUCCGGAUCCGGAGAAAUUUGAUCCCGAUCGCUUUUUGCCGGAAAACUCGGAAAAUCGCCACCCGUUUGCGUACAUCCCAUUCAGUGCCGGACCGCGCAAUUGCAUCGGACAAAAGUUCGCCCUGCUGGAGGAGAAAAGUGUCAUUUCGUCGGUGCUCCGGAAGUACCGGGUACGGUCGGCAAACACCCGCGACGAGCAGAAAAUCAAUCACGAACUCAUCACCCGACCGAAGGACGGCAUCCGGCUGUAUCUGGAGAAGCGCCAGCAGUAGAAAAAAGCCGUCAGUUCAUUAUUAUAUAUUGGGUUGUUUGUUUUUUCCGCUGGUUAUAAUUUUGGCGCUGCCAUCCGAUUGAGCAAUAUGAUGUUAAUGGCACAAAAUUUAAACGAAUUGUUUGGUAAACAACUAUAAAAUACUUAUUGCUAACGAUCAUUCACCUAUUAUGUUUUUGGCUGUUUAUCAACUAUUUUCAAUGCCACUUUCUACUUUAGAUUUAACAAAUUCUCAAAUCGUUUACAAAAUUAGUAUUAUUUUCGUUUUAAACAUUUCCAAAUAGUCUGGAUAUUACAAAAUGGACGUGAAACUCUUUGGGAAGUCUGCCAUAUUCUAAUUCUAACCUGAAAUUACAAUUUAAUU